UCUCCCCGUCUUUCUUCAUUGUUCUCUUUUCUCUGUCCCUCAAAUCUUAGCCAAAUCCCCUUCCUCCCCUCUCCGGCGAGCAAACCCACGGAGGAAGGCGAGAGCAGGCGGCGGUAGAUCUUGCGCCGGCGAAUCACCCACGCACCAUGCACCAUAGCGGCGCCAUGGCUCACAGAAUCAUAUUACUCGGUUAAACACUGAACCCAAACCGAUAAACCGACAGUUUAUCGAUUCGGUACGGCUCGGCUUUAAACUGUAUAUCGGCUCGGUUCAGUGUUUUAAUAAUUAAUAGAUUUGUUAUCGGUUCGGUUUCGGAUUGAUUCUAAAACUGAGCCGAACCGAACUGCUUACACCCCUAGAACUGCAUGGUUGAAUUUUGUGGUGGAGCCUGAAAUCUGUGGCGGCAUUUUGUAAGAGAGGUGAGAUUCAUCUUUUGGUUAUUUGUGAGGUUGGGAUUUGGGAUUAGCAUCAUCUUCUUUUGCAAGAGAUGAAAAAUGAAGUUUGGAGAUGGGGAAUCGGUUUGUUUUACAUAUUUUUGGUUGCAACCAUCUGGAUAGCUGCUAGUUUUGUGGUUCAGUCCGUUGUUGAUGAAGGUGUUUCACCAUUCCUCGUUACAUACAUCUGCAAUUCAUUGUUUGUUAUUUACAUCCCAAUUGUUGAAAUUGCACGCUUCUUGGAGGACAAGUAUGGAAGCUUGUUGUUUUGGAAGAACAAAAAAUUGGAUGCAUUACGAGAAUUGAAGGAAUCAGAGCAGGCCAUACUUCUUGGCGAAAAAACCAAUCUUGUUUCAAAUGCUGAUUGUUGCAGCCCUUCCAUGCAUAUUAAUAUGCAUAUGGAAGAUGGACAAUCAAUUUUGAAUAGAGAAACUACUCUGUCAGAGACAGGGUACUUCUCUAAUGGCAAACAAGUGGAUGAAAAGGGGCGUUGGACUCGCAUUAGAGUGGCAAAAGUUAGCUUAUUAAUAUGUCCAUUUUGGUUUCUUGCUCAGCUCACUUUUAAUCUCUCGUUGAAGUAUACUACUGUCACAUCAAAUACAAUCCUGAGCAGUGCUUCCAGCCUCUUUACAUUUUUGGUUUCUCUAGCAUUUUUGGGUGAGAAGUUUACAUGGGUGAAGCUUGCUAGUGUUCUCCUCUGUAUGGGAGGUACGAUAAUUGUAAGCCUGGGAGACUCCAAAUCUGAGGGGACUUCGAGAACUGCUUCGAACCCUCUUCUUGGUGAUGUUCUUUCCCUUACCUCAGCUGGCUUGUAUGCCGUGUACAUUACCCUUAUUCGCAAGAAACUGCCUGAAGAUGAUGAUGAGAAGACUGGCAAAGCUAGUAUGGCACAAUUUCUUGGAUUCCUUGGACUUUUCAACCUCUUUAUUUUCCUUCCUGUUGCCCUUAUAAUCAAAUUUACUAAGGUGGAGCCAUUUCACUUGCGGACUUGGAAGGAAGUUGGUCUGAUUAUUGCUAAAGGAUUGUUGGAUAACGUCCUGAGUGAUUACUUGUGGGCAAAAGCCGUUCUUCUAACCACAACUACUGUAGCAACAGCCGGUCUCACAAUUCAAGUCCCUUUGGCCGCCAUUGUCGAUUCCAUAUUGGGCAAUGCCCCACAUCUCAUGGAUUACCUUGGAGCUAUGGCUGUCAUGAUCGGGUUUAUUGGCAUCAACAUUCCAUCCGACGCAUUUAGCUGUUCGAAAGACGUCUCAAUCGAGUUGCCAAGUGAGAAUGUCAUUCAUGGCGAUCAUGAUCACACUACAUCAGUUCGACAAGAUCCAGCCAGCGUUUCAUAGCAGUCAAAAGCUGGUUUGUAUUAGCCAUUUACAGCUGCAUGUUGAGACUGAAUCUGAAAACGCCAUACACACAGAAUACGGAAUACCUUGAAGAAUAGCUAGCUUCAUUAAAGAAAUUCCAUUUUUUAUUUUUUCUGAUUCAGGAUUCAAUAUGAUAAACCAACAUCAACCCAUGCUCAAAGGGAGUUUUCAGCAGAUACAACAUGAUGAAAGUAAAGGUAUAGUUAAGUGUCCAUAUAGCUUCAUCGAUUACUUGUAUAGUUAAAUUAUAACGUCACAAAAUAGCUUCUGUCACUUAUUUCCUCUUAUUUUGGCACCUGCCUAUUUAAGUGUACCUACAUGGUUUAUUUAUCUCUUAUAGCUCCUCAAAAAGAGACUGGAAAACUUAAAACAGGUCGAAACCUCUAUAGAAGACUGCAAAAUUCUAGAUUUAGGUACGGUCGUGUUAAUUAGCUUGUUUGAGAUGGUGUCUUCUUAGGACUUCUCUGAAACAUUGGGAGCAAGUAUUUAUUGUUGAACUUUUAAAGCAACGAGCGAGAAUGAACAAGAAAAUAAUCUUUUCACUUU